UGUAUUUCCAUACUUUCUAUAAACCUUUUAACCACCUUCACAUUCAAAACUUUCCACCCUCUUUGACUUUUAACUUUGACCAAUCUGCUACAUGGCAACCACAGGAAAGCUUGAUGUUGAAGUGAAGGUGAAAUCCAAUGCAGAUCAGUUCUGGAAUGCCAUCAUGGACUCUGCCAACAUCUUCCCUAAAGUCUGCUCUGAUCUCUACAAAACCGUCGAACUUCUUGAAGGCGAUGGCCGCAGCGUUGGAUCCGUCCGCAUGGUUUACUUCGCCGAAGGAUCGCCGAUUGUGAAAUCGUCGAAAGAGAAGAUUGAUGAACUUGAUGCGGCAAAAAAGAAAGUGUCAUAUAGUGUGAUUGAUGGGGACAUGAUGCAAUACUACAAGAGUUUCAAGGCUACUCUUGAGGUGAUUCCUGAGGGUGAAGCAAGCCUUGUGAAAUGGGUUUGUGAGUUUGAGAAAGCGAGUGAGGAGGUUCCGAAUCCCGACAUGAUCAGAGACUUUGCUGCCAAGAACUUUAAGGAGAUUGAUGAGUAUCUCCUUAAAGCAUAAACUACAAGCUUUAAUGUUUGCUUUAAAUAAAAUGCAGAGUAUACUGCAUAGUCUUUGCAUUUACCUAAGUUGACGUAUGUUUAUGAACAAUAUUAAUCAAUUAAUAAUCUAAAAUUUAGUCCCA